AUGGGCGCGUAUAAGUUUAUGCAAGAGCUUUAUCGCCGCAAACAGUCUGAUGUUAUGCGUUAUAUACAACGCAUGAGAUGUUGGGAAUAUCGACAAACUCAUGCAAUCGUCCGUGUUACUCGACCCUCUCGACCUGACAGGGCCAGAAGAUUAGGUUAUAAGGCUAAACAAGGUUAUGUUAUCUAUCGUAUUCGAAUUCGACGAGGAGGUAGAAAGCGACAAGUACCAAAGGGUGCAACAUAUGGUAAACCUGCAGGCGAGGGUGUUAACCAGUUGAAAAAUCAGCGGUCAAUACAAGCUAUUGCAGAGGAGCGAGUAGGUCGAAAGUGCGGUGCUCUUCGUGUCUUGAACUCAUACUGGGUUGGGGAGGAUAGCACGUUUAAGUUCUUCGAAGUUAUUUGCAUAGAUCCUUUCCAUAAGGCCAUUAGACGUGACCCUCAGAUACGUUGGAUAUGCAAAGCCCACCAGAAACACAGAGAAAUGCGAGGUCUUACGUCAGCUGGAUAUAAGUCAAGAGGUCUUGGACAUGGACACAAAUUCCAUAAAACUAUUGGUGGUUCUAGACGUGCAGCGUGGAAACGUCUCAAUACUGUAGAGAUGCGACGAAAGCGCUAG